AUGGCUGAGGAUCUGUCUCGCGUGUGGGCAAGUAUGUCACUUUUAGAAGUGGAGGAUUCGGAGUUAGAGAUCCAGAACCAUGUAUGGGAGGUAGGUGCUCAACGGGGGAGGACGUGCGUGGUUGGAAAAUUGAUUGCUGACCACCUAGUGAGCAAAGAACUUAUUUGCUCCACCCUAAUGCGAGGAUGGAAGCCAGUCGGGACACCAUCAUUUAAGGUGUUGGGGGAUAAUCUUUUCUUGGUGGAAUUUGUGAACGAUAGGAACAAAAAACGAGUAUUGGAGGGGAGACCGUGGGUCUUUGAAGGGAAUUUAUUCGUUGUGGAGGAAUAUGAUGGUCUAACAUCUCCAGCAAAUUAUAUUUUCGACAAAGCGUCCUUUUGGGUUAGACUGUUUAACCUACCCCUAGCAUGUAUGAGCCUGGUAGUGGGUCAACAGAUUGGCUCGUCGCUAGGUCAAGUUGAGGAGGUGGACGUGGAUGAGGGAGGCAUGGGUUGGGGUGCGUUCUUAUGGGUCAAGGUUACCAUUGAUCUUCACAAACCCCUAGUGAGAGGGAGGAUGCUGAAAAUCAAUGGCUCUUCAAUGUUGGUUGAUUUUCAAUAUGAAAGAUUGCCAAAGUUUUGUUGUCGAUGUGGAGUACUCAAAAAUGGGCCGACUAGUUGCUCAGCAAACACCGAAGCAAGUUUUUGGAGGCUGAUUUGGUCACAAGGCGGACCAACGUGA